GUGUAAUGUACAGAAAUCAGGCAUGUAAAUUUGAGUCGUGUACUUGCAACACGAAAUUCCAUAAAGAUGGCCGCCAUACGAUCAUGCUGUCGAUGUUCAAUUUUCAGAAGAUCUUGGACUGCUCUGUGUAAGUCCCGUGCUUUACCUUACCAUGAUGUGCAACAAUACUCCACAGAACCUCUACCGAGUCCAACAGCCAGUACUGAAAAAUACCCUGAACACAUCGAAUCGCUUGUAGAACGUAUAUCAAAGCUAAAUCUACUUGAGGUUUCUAGGUUAAAUGAAUUACUCAAGACUCGACUAAAUAUUCAGGAUACGCCUAUGAUGAUGGCAGGCACAGUAGCAGCAGCGCCAGUGGACGAGCCUUCUGGAGAAGAAGCAGCGGCAGAAGAGCAGGCUGAAUUUGCAGUCAAAUUAAUCAAAUUUGACGACGCAAAGAAAGUGAAACUAAUCAAAGAAAUAAAAUCAAUAAUGACAGAUAUCAACUUAGUCCAGGCAAAAAAAUUCGUUGAAAGCGUCCCACAAAUUGUCAAGGAAAAGCUGAGUAAGGAAGACGCGGAUAAAUUAAAGACGCAACUUGAAGCUGUCGGCGCCACGCUGGAAGUCGAGUAACACGAGAACGAAUAUUUUAAACGGAUAUUUAACAUUGUAGCGAUUCUCUCGGGCGUCUGUAUCGAUUCCCUUGAGCGUCUGUACACUUUAUUGAACGCUUACAAAAUGUAAGGUACAGAGAGCUGUUAAUGAUGUUGACAAUACAUUUUUACAAAAA